AUGUCAUCUCCCUCUGCGACACAGGAAACUGCAGAUAACCAGGACUUGAUUAAUGACCGCAGCUUUAGUCUCUUGCAAAUUAGCCGGUCAGCAAAGUUCGGACGUACUUCAGCCGAAACGGGCAAUCUUGCUUCAGUCGAAGAUGCGCUCCUCAGGCUGAAGACGAACAGACUUUUCGAGUACAACCAACCUGUCUACAUUGCACCAAUGGCCAAGUCCAAUCUGCAAGCGCCAGACAACAGCGCACUUCCUCUUAUGGACAUGGUCCGGGAGUUCUUAGCAGGCAACGGUCAGGUCAUGCUGAUUCUAGGCGACUCUGGAGCCGGAAAGUCGACAUUCAAUCGACAUCUGGAGUACCAACUAUGGACGAACUACGAAGCUGGAGACUGCAUCCCGCUCUUCAUCAACCUCCCAGCCCUGGACCGACCGGACAAGGAUCUGGUUGCGGAACAAUUGAGAUAUUGUGACUUUUCAGAGGAGCAAAUUCGGGAUCUAAAAUUGCACCGCCAGCUCGUCUUGAUCUGCGACGGCUACGACGAGAGUCAACUCAACUCCAAUCUUCACACCACCAACGUCUUCAAUCGUCCUGGGAAGUGGAACGUCAAGGUGCUCAUCACCUGUCGCACACAGUAUCUCGGACCGGACUAUCGGGACUGCUUCGCUCCUAAGGCAAGUGGGCAGUACAACCGAGCUGCCUACGGUCUCUUUCAUGAAGCCGUCAUCACGCCCUUCACCAAAGACCAGAUCGAAGUGUAUGUCGACAAGUAUGUUCCUCUCGAACCGCGCACUUGGGUCAAGGAGGACUACAUGGAGAGGCUUGCAACAACCCCCAACCUUAUGGACCUGGUUAGGAACCCGUUUCUACUGACUCUCGCUCUGGAAGCUCUUCCAAGUGUCGUUGAAAGCAGGGCCGAUCUCUCCAAGCUCCAUGUCACCCGUGUCGAACUGUAUGAUACGUUUGUCAAGCAUUGGCUGGGUGUCAACAAGCGCCGCUUGCAGGAGCAAACGUUGAAGGACGGCAAGUUAGAUGCACUGAAAGAGCUUCUUGCAGAUGGAUUCGAGCAGAACGGGAUUCAGUUCCAGAGAAACCUUGCGGCGGCGAUCUUUUGGGAGCAGGAUGGGCGCCCUAUCGUUGACUACUCGCACCGUAGAGAUAAGACUUCGUGGAAGGGAGUGUUCUUCGGCUUGGAGCCAGACACCACCUUUCUGCGAGAAUCCAGUCUACUGAGUCGUGCCGGCAACCAGCACCGCUUCAUCCAUCGAUCUGUCUUGGAGUAUUUCUUCUCUUGUUUCGUCUGGGACACCUCCAGGGAUGAUAACGAGUUUGCUCCGCAUGUUUAUUCAGAAGCUACUGGUGUAUCUCUUCCUGUUACCGAUCAUCCACUGUCCAAGAGGAGUCUUGUCCCGGAACCAUCGGUCAUCCAGUUUCUCGCCGAGCGUGUCCAAAUGCAGCCCAUCUUCAAGCAAUACCUUCUCGCGAUAAUUGAGCUUUCCAAGUCGGAUCCCUUGGCUAGCAUAGCCGCAUCCAACGCCAUCACGAUCCUGGUGAAAGCUGGGAGACACUUCAAUGGAGCUGACCUUAGAGGCAUCCGGAUCCCAGGAGCCAAUCUCACAGGUGGGCAAUUCGACUCGGCGCAGUUUCAGGAUUCCGACCUAACAGGAAUUACCUUCACCAAGGCUUGGAUCCGACAGGCGGACUUUAGCAGAGCACGGAUGGGCGAGACACGGUUUGGAGAGCUGCCGAGUUUGCGGGAAGCGACUCACAUACAGUCAUGUGCAUUUUCCCCUGAUGGAAGGACUUUUGCAACGGGUUUGAGAAACGGCAACAUUAGUAUCUACGACACAACCACCUGGACAAGGAUUCGGCUAUUUAUUGGUCAUGAAACAGCCGUUUGGAGCCUCGCCUAUUCAACAACCGGCCUUCAACUUCUCUCCGGCAGUUCCGACGGCACGGUGCGACUGUGGGACGGUGAGACAGACACGACCGAUCGUAUUCUGAAGGAUCAUUCCGAGGAGGUGACAGCUGUUGCGUUUUCACCCUCAGGCAUGCAGUUCGCCUCAGCCAGUGCGGACAAGUCAGUGCGCCUAUGGGACACCCGAACAGGGACCGUCACUUUUGUCAUAGAACAUUAUGGCGAUGUCACAGAGAUCGCGUAUUCACCAGACGAGAACAACAUUGCAUUCUGCUGCCUGGAUGCACAAGUCCAAGUAUUCGACACGCGGACGGGCUUUCUGGCGCUGGGUUCUGGAAUGAACAACGAGGGUUAUCUCUGCCUUAAGUAUUCCCCUAACGGACAGUCAAUCGUCUCGGGUGACUUCUUCGGCGAUCUACAACUCUGGGAGGUUACCACUAUGAUGCCGAGGAUUGAAUGGAAAGGACACUCUGAAGAUGUGAAUAGCGUCGAGUUUUCGCCGGACGGCCAAUGGAUUGUGUCCGGCAGCGAUGAUAAAACGGUCAAAGUGUGGAGUGGAGAUGCAGCCACACUUGUCUCUGUAUUCACAGGUCACACUGACUUUAUCACCAGUGUUACAUUUUCCCCAGACGGCUCACUCAUUGCUUCAGGAAGUGGGGAUCAGACCGUACGACUCUGGGAGGUGAACUCAGCUGCGUUUGGUCUCGACAAAGAUAGCGCCUUCGACUCCAAGCCAAGUAUAGCCUAUUCUCCUGAUGGACGGUUUCUCAUCUCUGGCAGUCGCGCUGGAGCUAUAGAGCAACAUGACGCGGAGAGUGGCGAGAUCGGUCUUGUUAUUCGCCGCCAAGAGGCCGAAGUCAAUUCUAUCGCCUAUUCAUCGGACGGUCGUCAAAUUGCCAUGGGUGGUUUCGUAGGCGAUGUCACGUUGUGGAACGCUUACACCGGCGCACUUGAGAACACUCUUCGUGGCCAUGCUAUGGAUGUGAGAAGAAUUGUGGAUGUGAUAGCAGUUGUGUUCUCACCAUGCGGCCAAUGGAUUGCUUCCUGUGAUGAGAUGACGGUGGAAAUUCGGAAUGCUCGAUCAGGCAGGUCUAUUCAGGUUAUCCCUGGUGGCCGCCACUCCUUCGCAUCUCUGUCGUUUUCGUCCAACGGUGCUGAAAUUGCAUUUGGAAGCGAGUGGGGAGAGGUGCAAGUCUGGGAUGUGACGACUGGGAAGUGCAAGAUGGCGAAGAAUAGAGCUAACCUUUUGUGCUUUGUGAAGCAUUUACCAAGAAGUCUUCAGGUUGUUUCCAGUCACGGUGGAGAAGGUGCUUAUUUGUGGGAUGAAGAAGGCCAACAUGCUCGAGUCAUUUUGCAGCACAGUGGUAUUGCCAUCCAAAACUUUGCAUUCUCGAGUUGUGGUCAAUGGAUAGCAAGUGUUCAAGAUGAUACUGUUCAUCUGUGGAGAAGCCCUCUGGAGGUGAAACCACAGGACUGGAAGUAUGUGCUGGCCGUCGAGGGUUGCUUAGGGAGGAUUGAGGAGAUUUUCUGGAGGCCUAACAAGUUGGAAUUUGCCACCGCCGAUAUGAGUGGAUCCACUCGUGUGUGGAGGGUUGUGGAGAGGUUCGGCAAAGUGCAGGUCCAGCUGGUGUGGGGUGCUGGAGGGGGAGGUGGUCUUGCUGUAUCGGGGUCGCUCCUUGACGAUGCCAUUGGUCUUAACGCGAUCAACCGGAACGUACUGGAGCAGCGCGGCGUUGUUCUCUCCAAGACCCUGUAG